CCCAGCUCUCUCCUCACGAAGAUAUUUCCAGUUCACACCUCACACAAUGGUCAAAGACAGCAGUACCGUUAUUGACGAAUUCAACGGCUUGGUCAACAUGACUGCUGACGAGCUUCGCGACUGGCUGAAAGAGGAACACUCGCAGUCGUCAGGAUGGAAGAACGAGUCAGGUUCGGGCGAGACGAUUGGGCAUGAGAGCGGCCGUAAAAUCGUCUCCAUCCUCGAGCAUAACCCGUCGAAAGACCCUGAUGGGUAUUCAGACGAGGACAUCGAUCAUAUGCGUCGCGUGGUCUCGUACUGCAAGAGACACCUUGCGCAGGAGGAGAAGGCAAAGCAGGAUACGGGGAGUAAGAGCUAUCGCAGUUUAAAGAAUUGGGGACAUGAUGCGUUGAAGGAGUAG